GUCAGUCACCAGUCUGUUAUUUUCGGAUCUUGAUCUGCUUUGGUUUUGUGUAAAGCAGCACUCAAUCAUGUCUGGGCUCCUUGAUAACUGUCAGAUUCCAAAGUGUGAUUGUAUCGAACUCGGAGAAAGAAGGAAUGCCGUUGUUUCAGUCAUAGCAGGAGUGUUGUUCUUUGCUGGCUGGUGGUGUGCUAUUGAUGCUGCAGCAUUGGUUCCAGACAAUGCAGACUUCAACCAUGCAUACCAUACAUGUGGAGCCAUUGGCACUCUAGCCUUCUUUAUAAUAAACUCUGUAUCAAAUGGACAGAUCCGAGGGGAUGCUUACACAACAGGAUGUAUAGGACAGACAGGUGCCCGUGUCUGGCUGUUCCUGGGAUUUCUCUUGGCAUUUGGUUCUCUCAUCGCUGCAUCAUGGAUUCUCUUUGGAUUCUAUGUUGUGCAAGGUGAUCAACAGUACCAAUGGCCAGGCAUUGCUAUUUUUCUCCAAAAUGCUCUGAUAUUCUUCAGCUCGAUUAUUUUCAAGUUUGGCCGGACUGAAGAUUUGUGGGGAUAAAUUAAAACUAUGAGUGCAAUUAUGUGUUAAGUGUUUGUGAUUGUACUAUUUUGUGAUGCAAGUUCCAUUUUGGUAUUUUGGAUUCUGAAAGUACGUAAUUAUGAUGGAAUUACCAAACUUACUAAAAUUCAUAUAUAUUUUAUCUAAUAUCUUGAGCGAAUGCAUGGUAAUUCACUGCAGUAAUGUUAUUAUCAUUUUUAACCUAUGUUAUUUGCAAGAUUUUUUAUGCAAAUAUUGUUAACAAAGGGGAAGUAACUCUAUUAAAUGUAGAUUUCCCUGUGGACCUGGUAUUGUGUUCUUAAUAUUUGAGAUAAGACAUUUGAUAGAUGAAUAAUAAAGGGGAAAAGAAAACAUAAUAAGAAUGCAUUGACAAAUUGGAGGUCGGGUGUUGAGAUUAUUUAUAUUUGGAAAAAAAGACUUGAGCAGAUUAAUAUAAUACAUUAUAAUAAAUGUGUUCCUGAGAAAUUAUUGCUUUUAUAUAAUUCAAUUUUGUAAGUGUACCUGUAUGUAAUUCCAAUGACUGGAGGAUUUUUUCUCUCUCUAUUUCAUACAUUUGUAUAUACAUCAUUUUGUCAAAAACUGUGUUUAUGUUUUCAUUGACAACGUUUAUUUAUUAAUCUUGGUUAUUGUUUACUUUCUGACCAAAUGCAGCCUACUUGUCAAUAUUCUGUAACAAUGCUAAUGCAAACGGUUUUGAAGAGAAAGUUUUUCAAGUAAGUGAAAUUGUCUGGAAAAUUGUCAGUUUGUCUAAUCUGAACCUUUGAUUUGAAAAUAAUGAGAAUAGGAAAGAGGGAAUCAUCAAAGUAGGCCAUUUCAGGUAGGUAAUAUUUAAAAGUGGUUUUCACAGGAGUUGUUCCUGAAAAAGGAAUAAAAAAAGGGUCGUGGAGGAGGGGGGCUAACUCUGUUGUAUGAGAUAUUACUAUUUGGCAGCAAUAGUAGCUUGGUCACUCCUCUUUGAAAUCCAAAUACUAAAUUCCUAAUAAAGUUUGUGUCUAUAUACAUCUCCUUUCUCUUCACUCUUGGAGUUUAUCAUGAAAAAAUUAAAGGCUGUAAAGAAUUAACACAUGCUAGCCUUUCCAUAAACGAUGAAAGUCUUCAUUUAUUGGGUGUAGCUCUUAAAUAUUCUAAGGAAAGUUAACAGGGCAUUGGUCAGUUAUCCAUGUCUUGGCACCAAUCAAAUUGUUGCCUAUCGAAAACCUUUUAUUUUGCCCUGGUGUAUUGAAAAGAGUAUGGAACUCUUGUAUUUUGAAGCCUAGAACCACUUGGACCAAGAGGUAGAUUGACUGCAGACAAUCAAGCUGUCUGGUGAAAAAGACCUGCAUGUCUAUUUUCAGAUUACAACAAUUGAAAACCAUGUAGUAGUAUGUAAUAUGUAACUGAUAUUGUUUUUGUUUUUGUGUUAAACAUCAGCUACUUAACUGUAUAUAUGCUGUACCUGUGUAUUUGUUUAUAUGUACAUCUUUGUGAAUACUUCAUUGCUUUGUUAAAAAGUAAAUAUUUUACAUCAUGAAAACAUGUGAAUAAAGUUAUUUGUCAAUUAAA